AAACUCUUCUCUAUCCACUGCACUCUCCAGCUGAACGAGUCCGCUGAGCUCCCGACCAUGCCCGAGCCCGCCAAGUCCGCGCCCGCCCCGAAGAAGGGCUCCAAGAAGGCGGUGACCAAGGCGCAGAAGAAGGACGGCAAGAAGCGCAAGCGCAGCCGCAAGGAGAGCUACUCGGUGUACGUGUACAAGGUGCUCAAGCAGGUGCACCCCGACACCGGCAUCUCGUCCAAGGCCAUGGGCAUCAUGAACUCGUUCGUCAACGACAUCUUCGAGCGCAUCGCGGGCGAGGCGUCGCGCCUGGCGCAUUACAAUAAGCGCUCGACCAUCACGUCCCGCGAGAUCCAGACGGCCGUGCGCCUGCUGCUGCCCGGCGAGCUGGCCAAGCACGCCGUGUCCGAGGGCACCAAGGCCGUCACCAAGUACACCAGCUCCAAGUAGGCGCGAGCGAGCGGCCCGACUCCUGACCCAAAGGCUCUUUUCAGAGCCACCCACG